UCCUGAUCCAAAGUCCAACUGUUGCAACAACAUGCAAUUUCAACUAGGCCUAAAGAAAGGACGAGAAAGGAUUUAUCGGGAUAAGGAUUUGAAAUCAUGGGCUCAGUACUCAUGAAGGAUGACUAACCUUCACCCGUGCAGGGACUGAUCCACCGAGGCCAAAGGAUGGUAAAAAGUGUCAUAGUAGCCUACGCCCUGUGGGCAGCAGGUGGUCCUUUGGGCCUUCACCAUUUAUACUUAGGAAGAGACAGCCAUGCUCUGCUAUGGAUGCUAACCCUGGGAGGAUUUGGGUUUGGCUGGGUCAGAGAGGUCAUACGUAUUCCCGCAUAUGUUAAUGAAGCCAAUCGAGACGGAGACAAAGAGAGAAAAACACCUCCCAUCUCAGGCCUUCCACCUGUAAGCCCUGUCAGAUUCAUUGGGCAGGUGUGUGUUGGAAUCUACUUUGGCACGGUGGCUCUGAUUGGACUGAACUCCCUCAGUUUCUUCUACUUGAUCGUCCUGCCUUUAUGUGUGGGUGCAGGGGUGCAUCUGGUGUCCUGUAUUGGUCAGCAGACUUCUGAUCUCCAAAAAACGUUGACUACUUGUCUCAUAACCUCCCCAAUAUUCUAUGGUAGCACCUUAUCACCUCUCCCUAUAAGCCUUGCUGCCAGUAUCACUGCUGCACAAUACCGAAGGGUCAAACCUCCACGGACACCUGGGAGCACACAGAAACUGGGUCCACGGCUUUACAAGCUCGGCCUGGCCUGGCUGGCCUUCUCUGCUCCACUGGGUUACUGUAUUUUCCAUAACACCACAGCCACUCUGUAUUACCUGUCUGACUGUGUAGCAGCACUGCUGGAUAUUUUCUGGUUUCUCCCUUGGCUCAGAAAUGUGUUAGAGUACAUUCUUUUAAUUCCAUAUCGGGUCUUGUGUGUUCUUACUGGAGGGGGGUACUACGAAGACGCUUGGAGGAAGGUGCUGGAAAUACUGCUCAAAGAGUAUACUGAGAGAGAAAGAGAGGCACUGCAGGUAUUGUCAUUAGAAGUAGAGGCCUCUCUUGAAGACAUAACCCACAGCUAUAGGGAGCUGGCCAAGACAUGGCAUCCGGACCACAACCCCAGCAAGGAUGCUGAAGCGAUGUUUCUGAAGAUCAAUGAGGCUUAUGAGGUCCUUCUGCGACGGCACAGACCUCAUCGAUUCAAAUAGUUGCCCUUCAUUUCUCUCUGAGUGGCCUGAAUGUUUACAAGGGCAAAGUGAGACUCUUGAUGGCAUUGUUUGUCAGUCACUGUGUUUCUAUUCUUCAGUGUUGCAUGCACAGAGACUCUCAUAGCAUUUCACAGAUGUCUGAUUGGUUACUGACAGCACUUUGCUGCCACGUAGUGGUACUGAAUGUGUACUACCGCCAUAAACUAUUUCCUCACAA